CAAACUUGGAGAUCAAAGAAGUCAAGGUUGGCUUACCUUGUGGCCUAGAUUAUCUGCCACCUAAACUCAGAUUACUGCAUUGGGACGCAUUCCCAAUGAGAUGCAUGCCUUCUAACUUCCAUGGAGAAAGUCUCGUUGACCUCAUAAUGGAGGCUAGCAAGCUUGAGACGCUGUGGAGUGGACUCAAGCUGCUUAAUAGUCUCAAGGUUAUGAGUCUACGAUGCUCCUUAGACCUGAGGGAAAUCCCAGAUCUUUCGUUGGCCACUAAUCUUGAGAGAUUGGAUCUUGGCCAUUGCUCGAGUUUGAAGAUGCUUCCUUCCUCUAUUGGGCAUCUCCAUAAGUUGAAGGACUUGGACAUGGAAUUUUGCACAUAUCUCGAGGCUCUUCCAACCGGAAUAAAUUUGAAAUCUCUCUAUUACCUCAACCUCAAUGGAUGCUCACAGUUGAGAAGUUUCCCUCAAAUUUCAACAAAUAUUUCAGAUCUCUAUCUUGAUGGAACUGCCAUAGAGGAAGUUCCUACGUGGAUCGAGAAUAUCUCUAGUCUCUCUUACCUAUCGAUGAAUGGUUGCAAGAAGUUGAAAAAGAUCUCCCCAAACAUCUCUAAACUGAAACUUCUUGCAGAGGUAGACUUUUCAGAAUGCACGGCACUGACUGAAGAUAGUUGGCCGAACCAUCCUGGUGGGAUCUUCACGUCCAUCAUGAGAGUAGACAUGUCUGGUAACAGUUUCAAGAGUCUUCCAGACACAUGGACUUCCAUUCAACCAAAAGACCUUAUCUUCAAUAAUUGCAGAAAUCUUGCGUCACUGCCAGAGCUUCCUGCGUCGCUCUCCAUGCUAAUGGCUAAUAAUUGUGGAUCACUUGAGAAUUUAAAUGGCUCCUUUGACUACCCACAGAUGGCUCUCCAAUUUAUUAACUGUUUCAGUCUAAAUCAUCAAGCGAGAGAACUCAUCCUACAGUCAGAUUGCGCGUAUGCUAUCUUACCGGGUGGUGAACUUCCUGCACAUUUCACUCAUCGAGCUUAUGGGAGUGUCCUAACCAUUUAUCUUUUCAAAAAGUUCCCAACUUUUAAGGCUUGCAUCGUGGUUGAAUCAAGAUCUGGUUCGUUUACCUUUGGGGUACUUUGGGCCUUCAAAGGUGGAAGCAAUAAUAUAUAUUUUAGUUGUUUGACCAACACUCCCUCUACGGAGAAUCAUCUCAUCGUAUUCAAUUGCGAGUUUUCUCCGGAUGAAGUCAAUGAUUCCCCAGCUGAGCUGAGCUAUAACGAUGUGCAGUUUGAGUUUGUUUGCCUUGACCAUAGGAAAGAAAAGAUAAAGAUAAAGGAAUGUGGUAUACAACUCUUUGAGGGCUCUUCAUUUGCUGACGAUAGUGGUAAAAGAUCUGAAACUGAAUAUGGCAACGACUCUGGAUUGACAAAUGUAGAGGAUACUGCAAGCAGCAAGAGAAUGCGUAUCACAUAAAACAGCUCAAGAACCUUCUGUUUAUUCUGAAAGUCAAAGAUUGGAGAUAGGUUCGAUUACGCGAUGCUUUGAAUUUGAAGCCAAACGUUGACAGCUAAACUACAAUAGCUGUCUCUUAAUGUUACCCUUUCUCAGCUGUUUUUUGCCGGAGAAGUUUCUAGUUUGGUCCCGCUAUAGCAGGACAACAAGGUAGAGAGACCAAACAGAAAAUGGUUAUGAUAUAUUAUGUGUGUUGAUAAAAGUGGUGGGAAAUUGAAAAUGGUGGAAUCUGAAUCUUGGAGUCUUGAAUACGCUGAAGCGUGUGGAGGCUUGAACUAAAAUAAAUGAUGAUUGGAGAAAUCACUUUUUUUGUUUCUUAUCUACAGAACAAAUCAUGAUGACUUUCAAAGGUGAAUCACAUAAGGAAAUUAUGGUAAUGAGGCUGGAACUCAGAUGAGAAACUGUCAUAGAUCUAAGUGCUGUUAUUAAAUGUUUUCUAUCUGCUUAGACAAGACAUAAUAAAAAAUAUUAUUGCCGGUUUGGCCUUUGUCUGAUUGGGAUUGUGAACUUUCUUCAGUGUUUGUGACUUUGUUCUGUUUUCGUUUAUUAUUAAAAUGCUCGCUCGAA